CACCGGUCCCAUUGGCACCGACAUCAGAGGUACCACACGAAGCCAUACGUGUGCAGCGCCUGUGGGCUGGGGUUCGGAGAGAUCGCUAACCUCAAGAAGCAUAUGAUAAGACACGACGAGUCGCUAAAAGUCCGGUGCGAGUGGGAGGGGUGUGAGAGACUGUUCGCGGAUAAUACGGUCAUGAGGUUGCAUAUGAAUAGCCACACGGGUGAGACGGCAUACCGGUGCCGGUGGCCGGGCUGUGGAAAAGCGUUUACUAUUAAGAAUACGUUUUAUCAACACGAGAGGGCCCAUAGGGGGUGGUGGUGUCAAUGGCCCGGAUGUGACUAUGUCUGCAAACGGAAAACCAAACUCAAUGAACAUAUGGCUGAACAUUACGGUAUUGAAAUACUGGAUUUGUUUGCAUUGAAUGGCAGCGACUGUCGUGUCAAUUGUGGUUCACGUAAUGCUAAGACUAUUGACGGCUCUAUCGAUGAUACAAACCAUUCAAAGAACUCAUGCAUCGAACAGACAAUUGACGGAAGUGUUGGCCAAAACACUGAAGACUUGAAUGAUAGACAGGACUCGAGAGGAAGUCAUAAGACUUUGAACGAAACCAAUGAUAACAAGUCUUGUGUUUGUAUCGAUCACUCGUACGCUAAUCCAAAGGGUUUUGAAAAGCGUUUAAUAUAUUUAUCGGAAGUAUUGCCACAAAUUGGUUGCCAUCGAAGAAGUGGUGAUCAGAAGACUAUUGAAACAAAUGAAGAGAAAAGUGAUUCAAAGACGGAAUCAAUUGAAUUGAAUGGCGAGGAAGUGGUCGAAAACUAUGUAUUAGAUGUUAGCCAUGGAUCAGAUGAUGUGAUAAUUGAUGAAAACGAGCACAAAAUUGAUAGACAAGACUCGAGUAGUGAUAAGAUUUUAUUUAUUAAACCAAACGCUAAGAAAAGUGAUUUGACAGAAAAGGGAGGAAAGCCUUAUGUGUGUGACUAUAAGGGAUGCGGCAAACGGUUCACUCAGUCGUCGAGUUUAGAUCAACACAAAUACAGUCACUCGGGAGUGAGCUAUCGGUGCGAUUGGGAGGGCUGUCACAAUGUAUACACGAAUCCGGUAAGCCUUCGGUCGCAUAAAUCCCUAAAACACCGGUCGAGGGAACUGUAUGCGUGCGAUUGGGUCGGGUGUGGACAGGCGUUCAAACUGCGAUCAACUCUUAACAAUCAUAGAGAACUACACACUCCUCCCACUGCCAGAAACUAUCGGUGCGAUUGGGAGGACUGCUCGAAGACAUUCAAAUUUGAACGCUAUUUAUAUACACAUAAACAACGAACCCAUAGGACAACCUACCGGUGCGAUUGGGACGGGUGUCAGUUCGCGACGGGUUUUGCUAAUGGCCUAAAAAACACAAAUUGA